UGGAAGUACACAAUCCAUCCGUAGCUAGAGCAGGACGAAAGAGUGGAGUUUUGCUGAACAUUUUAUUAUAAAAACUCCCAAGGAUAUGGGUUCGUGUUUUGAUUUGUUGAGUUAUUUCUCACAUUGUAGUCAUUUUUCGUAGCAGGAUCUUGUGUUAAAAUGGCAACAUGACGUGUUUGUAUCUGAGUGGAGAUAGCCGUAGCUUUCCCAUUGAGCGACAGAGGAGGCGACGUCACGUUAGCUAGUUCGGUGACCUGUCAGACUAAGAAGGAGCAGCAACUAAAACGAAUGUAAACAUGUCGCCGUCGCCUUUCUUCCCGCUGGCGAUCAAUUGCUUCAUGUCAGCACUCGGCUGUUUGGCCACGCUGAAACUGAUUCCCGCUUUCAAAGACCAUUUCAUCGCGGCCAGAUUGUACGGGAUGGACCUAAAUAAAGUGACCAAAAAUCAAGUUCCAGAAUCUCAGGGUGUCAUCAGUGGGACGGUCUUCCUCAUCAUCCUCUUCUUCUUCAUCCCAGUGCCUUUCCUCAGCUGCUUUGUAGGAGAUCAGUGCAAUGGCUUCCCACAUGAUGAGUUUGUGCAGCUAAUAGGCGCGUUGCUCGCCAUCUGUUGCAUGAUCUUCCUGGGCUUUGCUGAUGAUGUGCUCAAUCUGCGUUGGAGACACAAGCUCCUGCUUCCUACCAUGGCCUCCCUUCCACUGCUCAUGGUGUAUUUCACCAACUUUGGCAACACAGUUAUUGUGGUGCCCAAACCGUUCAGGGCACUACUCGGGCUGCAUCUGGAUCUAGGUAUUCUCUACUACGUCUACAUGGGCAUGCUGGCAGUAUUCUGCACCAACGCCAUUAAUAUCCUGGCUGGCAUUAAUGGCAUUGAGUCAGGUCAAGCUCUGUUUAUCUCUGGCUCCAUAGUCGUCUUCAACCUGCUGGAGCUCGGCGGUGACUACCACGAUGACCAUGUUUUCUCACUGUACUUCAUGAUACCGUUCUUCUUCACCACAUUAGCACUUUUUUACCACAACUGGUAUCCCUCAUCUGUGUUUGUGGGAGACACUUUCUGCUACUUUGCAGGAAUGACUUUUGCCGUUGUCGGCAUCCUGGGACACUUUAGCAAAACAAUGCUUUUGUUCUUUCUUCCUCAAGUGGUUAACUUCAUCUAUUCAUUGCCUCAGCUUUUCCAUAUUGUCCCCUGUCCCAGACACAGACUACCCAGGUUGAAUCCUGAAACAGGAAAACUGGGAAUGAGCUACUCUAAAUUCAAAAGAAAGGACCUUUCCAAACUUGGAAAUCUCAUUCUGCAGGUUGCAGAGCUAUUGAAGCUUCUUGAGGUGCGCAGAGGCCAAGAGGGAGCUGAUGAAUUCAUCGAGUGUAACAACAUGACCAUAAUAAAUCUGGUCCUGAAAUUCCUUGGACCCACUCAUGAGAGGAAUCUCACUGUCAUCAUGCUGUUGAUUCAGGUGAUGGGCAGCACGGUGGCUUUCGGGAUCCGUUACCACCUGGUGCGCCUCUUCUAUGACGUCUAGAUUACAAGGAAUUUCUGACGGAGAAACUCUUCUUUUUGGAACUACUUUCAGGCGCGUUGUGUGCGUGCCUUAAAAAAGAUUCUAUUACCUCAGUUUGCUUUGUUUCUCACACUGCAGUAAAGACUUCUGUAAAAUUAUACUUAAGUAGAAUUUCAUGACAUAGCAAGCUCUUUUUAUUUUCUGCCUUAUGUUGUGGGGUCUAUAAAUUUCCAUCAGGAACGGUAAUCAUGUCAUAUUCACAUUUUCACCCUAAAAUUAUAUUUUUGUACUGAGUUUAUAAGAAUUGUAAUGAGUUUCCAUCAACCACAAUUCAUUAAUUGAAGUUGCUUAUAGCGUGGUCUUGGAUGCCACUCCAUGGCCAUCAAUUGAUUCAACAUGCAGGGACCCUGUGUAAAUAGAAGGGAGAUCAAUAUAUCAAUUUAAUAAUGAUUUUUUAACAUUAUAAAGUCCUCCAAUGUUUAUGUUAGCAUCAAGUAAAGGACCAAGUGUGAAAACAGGAUUAAAAAAAUAUUUUAAUACUGAUUGGCAACACUAAAUUGGCUCAAGUGUGUGAAUGUGAGUGUGAAUGUUGUCUGUCUGUGUUGGCCCUGUGAUGAGAUGGCGACUUGUCCAGGGUGUACGCUGCCUACCGCCCGAAUGCAGCUGAGAUAGGCUCCAUCACCCCCUGCGACCCCGAAAAGUACAAGCGGUAGAAAAUGGAUGGAUGGAUUAAAUACUUGAUCACAAAGUACAAAAGCCACAUUCAAACAAUGAUAUCUGGUCCAUUUAACAAAUUUAUCAAGGUAUCAUGUAAAAUGCUACCUUUUUGACAUCAAACAGAUGGUAAUAUGCAACAAGAGAGAGUAUUAUAACGGUCUACUGUGUGGAAAAGAAAACUUUUUUUGAAGUUACUGAAAGAUAAAGGCUGGUGUUAUAAUAUAGAAGUAUAUUUUGUCACCAGAAUAUUUUGUCAAAUAGCACUGGAAUAAUGUGUUUUGGAAUGUGAAUUCAAAUGUGAUGAUGGGGAUUUUAGAUAUGGUUGACACAAAUUGUAAAAUAAAAGCUGAGACAAAGCGAAACACAAUAUUCUCUCUACUCUUUACUCUCUA